AUGAGUUCAGGAAGCGAGGCAAUGUCAAAGCGUAAAUUGAUCGCUACAAUUGCCGACGAAGAUACAGUAACAGGAUUACUACUCGCUGGAAUUGGUCAAGUGUCCAACGAGCCUGGUAAAGAAACCAAUUUUCUUACAGUUAUACCUGGAAAAACCUCAGUGGAAGACAUCGAUGAAGCAUUUGAAAAUUUCACAAAGGAACGUGAUGAUAUUGCCAUUUUAUUGAUAAAUCAACAUUUGGCCGAUUUAAUAAGAUAUAAAGUUGAUAGUUAUACAAAUGCUUUCCCAGCAAUUUUGGAAAUACCUUCUAAAGACCAUCCAUAUGAUCCAGAAAAGGACUCUAUAUUGAAGAGAGUUAGAAGGUUGUUCGGGGAAUAG